AUGAGCAGCAUGGAUAUGCAGCUGCAUACCAUGACGUACGCUACUGCCGUGGAAUCGGGCCCCUUCGCCACCGAGGACGUCGUAUCAACGAACGUCCACCCGACCCACAACCACGACGCCACCACUACCGCGCUUGGCGCCCACUCCACUUUGUUCAACGCGCUAGCUGCGGUAGAGGAAGACGAGGACGAGGACGGGGAGAACAGCAACGACGUGCUGCUGCGUCUGCUGAACGAAGUCAGGGCGGUGGAAAGCGACAGUGAUGAGGGCAAAGUGGAGGUAAUUGACAAGGUCUCUGACGAAAAUGUCGCUGACCCGCUCGCUCUCCAUCACGGAGAAGAGUUGGCGAAGCCGUACAUACCACCCUACACAGCAGUCCCCCGCGGCGGUGCGGCCAUGAUCGCCGGCGGCUUCACAGUCAAGGGCAACGCCUCGUAUUCUUCCGCCACCAGCCUGCUCCCUCCGCCGCCGCCGCCGCCGCCGCCAGCGUACAGCACGCCGAGUAUGGGUCCGCGCAGCUCCUAUGCGAACUGUUACUCAGGCAUUUCGCACCUCUCCACCACACCCGGCUCGAAGCCGCCGCCGCCGUCCUUUGCGGAAGCCAUGGCAACGACGCACGGCACCCCUGCCUCGAUGGUCAGUCUUUCGGUGCCUUCACAAGAGUGCUCUCCACUGCUGGCCAGCUACGUGCCACCCAUGCCCGCAGCGCCGCAGGAGACGGUACUACUGCGCAACAGCAAUGGCGUCUUCUUACUGCACCCCAUCUCCAAGCCGACACCGCCGUACACCCCACCGGCUGGCAGCACAUCUCCCCCGGUUUCCCCACUGCCGCGGUACUCGCUGCCACCGGCCGCCGCAUCUACGCUGAACACUUCCGCCGCGAACAACUUCCUUGGCAGCUCCAUAGUGCAGGGGUGUGCACGGGCAUCCAGCACCACCGAGCCCCCGCAUUACGCGCCAUAUGGUCCCGCCGGAGGCAGCCCGUACCUCGGCACCGCUCUUUCCUACUCGCAUGGCGUGGGCUCGAUACGUGGCACCCCGUCCUUCGGGGCUGCACCGCCACCGUAUGCGACUGGGACACCUCGAGGACCGGCGGCGCGCUGA